AUGGACCUUAGAAUCGACCUCGUCGAUACGAAGGUUCAUUCGUUCGAGUUCUUGAGCCGCUCGUCGGCCGAAACGUGCGGGGCGAGUUGUGGUCCCGUUGGCCGUUGCGGCAGCGGGAUCCAACGGUUCCUCGUCGUCUUCUCGUGCCAAGACCUUGUCUUGUUCCUGGGUCUUUUUCUGCUAUGCUUGCAUUGCCUCGAAAUCGUCGGCCAGUGGCUUAACGAAAUUCUCCAUGAGUUUGCGGAGCUUGUCGUUCGAAGAGGAUUUCUUCGAGCUGCGGUGACGGAGGAGGGCUUUCUUCAUUCCUCGGUUAUGGCGAUUGUCGCGGCGAAAUGA